AAGAGUAAGAAUGCAAUCAACAAACACUUAUUUCUCAUUCUCCUAACCCUAAUUCACGCUGCAGCAGUGCCUCCCUCUCUCCCUCGUUUUCUUCAUUCGAGCACUCCUCCUCCAUCCUUCUCACACAGACACGCAGGAUGGUAGUAGCAAUGGUGGGUUCAUCAUCGCUCUCAUGGCGCCUUCGCGAGUCGCAGCUACGGUGUCAUCUUGCUCUUCUCCCGCUUCUUCUUCUUCGCUGUUGCAUCUUCGUCUUCCCAAGCCGCCUAUUCCAGCUUCGCUUUCCGGUGUUGUUGUUGUUUUAGCUUCUGCUACGUCACCAAAUGGCACCGUUUUGGAAAGGAGGAGGCCUGCUAGGCUUGAUAUACCUGUUAGCUCCUUGGCCUUUGGCAUUCCGCCCAUACCCUCUGCUNUGGAAGAUCUCUACUCUGCUGCUGAUAACCUAUGCGGACAACAAAAACUGGCAUUUUUUGGAAUUUUCGAUGGGCACGGUGGUGCAAAGGCUGCCAAAUUUGUGGCAAAUAAGUUAGAAAAGAAUGUGUUAGAUGAAGUGAUUCUUAGCGAAGAAGAUAGCAUUGAAGAGGUUGUGAAGCACGGUUAUGUCAAGACUGAUUCUGCUUUCUUGAAAAGUGAUCUGAUUAUUUGUUUUUGAAUUUGAUUUUUUGUUUUGAUUUUCGUGGUUUUUCAUUUUUUUCUGAUUUUUCUAUUCUAAACUGUUUUUUAUUCUAUUAUGAUAUUUGGAUUUAGGUUUUUUCUCUCUCUAAACUUCUGGAUAUUUGGUUUUGUUCUGCUGCAGCUGUGGUAGUGCUCCGUUGCUGCUAGGUGGUGCUGAACUGCUAGUGCUUUGCCUGUCCUGUGGUGGCGCACUGGCAUUGCUCCUCCUAUUCUUCCCCUGCUCCUUUCUUCUCAGCGCUGCUCAUCUUCUUCUCAAACCUUCUAUAAUUUAUUGAUAUCUUCAAGGCAUGCUUUUGUGAUAAUGUAUUGACUUGUAUAUUUAACCUCUCAAACCAUAAGUUUCAAUAAUUUCAAAAUAGAAGAAAAUCUUAGCUAUAUAUGUAAACUGAAAUAAAAUAAUAAGGACCAGGUGAACUAAAAAAUUACAUGUAUAUAUUCAGGUAUGAUUUGAGUUGGACUAUUGUAAUAUCUAUCAGGAUCGGCCACAAGCACGAUUAGUUUUCAAAAUAUCUGUCCAAAUAUGGCCAGAAGAGAACUCAGAAAAUUGAAGAUGGUAAGUUUCUCUAACUAUGUUCUUAUGUUGCACAUGAAACAUGUGAUAGAUGCAAAAUAAAGCUUGUAGUGAACAACAGAAGGGAAUAUCAAAUUCCUAUGGGCGUCAUCUGAAUGUCAAGCAUCAUUUUUGUACUCCCUGAUCUUUUAGUUCCUCUUAUUGGUAGAUUUUUGAAUGGCUAAAAAUGAAAUAGUUAAGCUUCUUAUCUUUUUUUCCCCUACUCUAGGAGUUUGUUUUAAACAUGUCAUAAAUGUAGAAUCAUGUAAUAUUUGCUAAGGUGAAACUUUCAGCACUUUUGACAUGACUACUUUGAGCAUUGACUUCUCAACUAUUAUGUAGAACUCUAUUCUGUUUGAAACAAACAAUUUAUUAUUUUCCUUCUUGUUCUGAUUGCUAGGAUUGUUGUAUUAGGUGAUCAGUAAGAUGCUGGAAUCAGUUCAAUUUUGUGUUGGCACUUCGUCUCUAGUAGUACCAGGGCCAGUUGGAUAUAGAAGUCAGGGUGAACUACAGGUCAAUAAUGCUCAGCCUAACAUACUUCAGAUGCAGCCCUUACCAUAUAACAUUAGAAAAGGAGAACUUCUGUUAUUUAAAAUCAUGAAUUCCUUCUUGUUCUCUGUCUUUUCCUUUAAAGAUGUAUUGUUUCAUCUUUAUUACAUUAUUCUAAAAAGAAAGCACGUUCUUUUUUAUGGGUUGAGUUUUCGCAAUGGAGUUUUGAUUCUUUUGUGUUCCUAUAUCUUAAAGUACUUGUUUCUUUCUAACUCCUUAAUUGUUUUGUGGCCAUUGUUAUUGAACAGAUUGCAAUCUGAACUGAUGGCGCUAAUGAUGAGCAGAGAUUCAGGUAUAUCUGCGUUUCCUGAGAAGGACAACAUAUUCUGCUGGAAAGGAAAAAUAACAGGAAGUAAAGACCUGUGUUUGAAGGAACUGAGUACAAGUUGUCACUUUCGUUUCCCAAUGAUUACUCUUUUUAAGGCUCCAAAGGUCAAAUUUGAAAGCACCUGCUUCCAUCCAAAUGUAGAUGUUCAUGGUAAUAUAUGCUUGGACAUUCUUCAGGGAAUUUUUUGAAGCGGGAAGAUUGUUCUUAUAUUCUUGACUGGAUAGAGGAGACCCAAAGGUGAAGUAAAUGACAGAACAAUUCUUUGACAAAGAAUUGGAUAGUUGUUAGUGAAGUAAAUGGAGCUUCUCUUUCGGGAUUCAUCAUCAAUUAGCCACAAAUUGGAUAGUUUUAGUGAUCUCAUAAGUUCUAAUGAUAAAUUUAUUUUGUCCUAAUUCAAUUAUUAGUUGUUAUAGAAUUUAAUUUUUUAAUUAUAAUUAUAGCAUGUAAAUAAUUCAUGUAAAUUAAUAAAAAAAUCAAUUCUUU